AUGCCCGAAUGUGGAGAGGCGAGCUAUCAAAACCCACAGCUCUGGCGCACUACGAACUGCGCGUACGGUACCUUUCGCCUGUGUCGUGGAGCCCGGACGAGGCCGUACGAGGCCGGUGCUUACAGAAGCGAACAGACUUACGUGAUGUGGAGCGGGACAAGCGCUGUUCCCAAAUUGACAAGUUUAAUGCAGAUAGAACCUCAAUUGAGCCGACGGAGUAUAGUUGUUUUCAUGAGACAAUCUGAAGUGAAAAGAGAUGGGGCCCCACCAGUUCCGAUGGGAACAGAUCAAUUACGGAAUUUUCCUAGUGAGGCGCCUACGAUGUUGAGCGCUAUACUGCGGAUGAAGAGGCGGAGCACAAUAGUGCCACGUCGACUGGUUGCCGUCUUGAAUGCUGUGGAACAAAAAUUCCCCAAGUGCCUUGGACUGCCUCAUCGCGGGGGAUCUGCUUGGAACGAUUGGCAACGCUGGCGAAAGCUGUGCGAUUAUAUCCUGACGUCAAUCGUGAUGAGUGACACUUACCGCGGUGGCCAAGAGAAGGUUACGGUCACGGUUGCAAAAGGCAAUGACUCGGGCUACGACGGAAUAGGAAAGUUAACCUUGUCACAGGAUUAUUCAUGCAUAACCUCAAUCAUUCAGCCGAUGCGGUCGGGACGAAAGCAAUAG